AUGGAAUCGCGGAAAGAAAGGCAAUUUGAUGCCGAUGCACAACCCACUGGUUUUGAUGAUCCAUCACUGGGGCCUGUUGCUGUGUCUACGUCGCCACCCAUAACAUCUAAUGAUCCUGAGAAUGACGAUAAUCGUGUUGAACCAUCCGCUAUUAUUCGUGGAGAUCCUAUGCGGUUUGCUGUAGGAGCUGUAUUCUGUAUUAUUUCCUUAUCAAAUGGUAUGCAAUGGAUUACAUUUUCUGCCAUUGUAGAAGAAGUACGUGUAUACUUUAAUAUGACAGCGAUACAAGUAAAUUAUCUUACUACUACAUACGUGAUUGCUUAUGUUGCUGCCGUAUUUCUGAGUUGUAAACUGUAUGAAAUAACUGGAUUAAGAGUUGGAAUCCUUAUCGCUGCAUUGACGAAUGCUAUUGGAACAGUACUUAAGAUUAUUGCUCUUUAUUUUUGGCCCAAUAUGAUUUUACUCUAUAUCGCACAGGUAUUUAACUCUAUUACAGAAAUUCUCACUAUUGCUACUCCGCCUCUUGUAGCGAAUAGAUGGUUUCCAGAAAGUGAACGUAUGGUGGCUAAUACUGUACUAAGUAGUGCUCUUAAUUUUGGAUGUGCUAUUGGUGUUUUAUUACCUACAUUCUUUGUUACUCCAGAAAAACAGGAAAAACAUCAUUUUGGAAAUCUUUUCUGGUUUCAAUUCGGUUUAUGUGGAGGAAUAUUUGUACUUGCCAUUUUUCUUGUUCCAGCACGUCCACGUUAUAUGGUUAGCUAUGCGGCAGCAAGACAACAAAAAAAAGAAGAAAAAAGAAUUCAGGCUCUUCGUGGUAUGUUUCAACACCAUGGAACGGAAAAUGGAUUACAUAAUGAGGAAGAACCAGGUAAUAUAAGGGAAACGGAAACAGAAACGAGGAGAGAAGAAAAUUACGAUGAAAAUGAAGAACCAGAAGCACCUCCUACUAAUGUUUUCUCUACUGUAUUGGAUGCUCUUCGUAUGUUGCGUUCUAAUCCUUCAUUUGGUUUUCUUAUGAUUGCCAGUGCAGCAGAACUUGGUCUUAUUUGGGCUGUUGCCACAGUACUCCCACAGUGUUUAAGUCCAUUUGGUGUAUCUGAAGUAGAAAGUGGUUGGAUUGGAUUUAUGAAUCUUUUCGCUGGAACUAUUGUAGCACCUUUUAUUAUGCCCUUUGUAGAACGUAAACGUCGAUACAAGACUGUACUUCUCUCUAUAGCGAUGAUAUUAACUAUUAAUAUGUCUAUUCUUACACUCUGUCUUGCCUAUGGUCCUCCCAUUCAUGAAAAUCGUACCUAUUACGUUGUUGUCACGUUCUUAUUUUGGGGAGGAGUAGCGGGAUUGUGUCAAAACUUCAUGAUGCCACUUAUGUUUGAGUUUGUUAUUGAACUCACAUUCCCAAUGUCGGAGUCUACGAGCGCGCCAGUACUCACGUGGUCUGCGUGUCUCACCAAUCUCAUUCUCACGAUUGUCUUUGGUGCUGUUCUUGGCAAUUCCCCCUCGCAGGGCGAUGCGCUGAAUGUUUUUGUUGGGGCCACCGUCGUGUGUUUUAUCGGCGGCCUCGCGCUGCUCGCGGUGUUUCCGUACAGGCGGCGGCAGGAGUACGAGUUGCUCAUGCGGGAACGGGAUGAUGCGCGACUGCUGCCGGUGCAGCACGGAGAGGGUGAGGAAGAGGAAAGAGAAGGAGUACGGCAUGAAAAUGUGAAGGAAAAGUCAAAAUAA